GCCGAGCUCGGUAAAUAUUCAUGAGGGGGGCGUGGCGUUGGUUCUCGGCUCUGGCUGCAGCUGACAGCUGGGGGGAGAAGUCGCCGGGAGACGCAGGCUCUGGGGUUGCACAGUCUCCGGCACUGGGAAAAGAAGCCAUAAGACGGGAGACCCUCUCUCCCCGGUUGGGGGGCAUCAUGCACUGGGAGGAAACAGGGCCUGCUGAGCCCUAUUGACAGAAGAAGCCUGCCCCCCAUUCCAGCCUGGGCAUCCUUGUACCCCAUCCCUGCACCCUCUGACCCCAGCCCUUGCUCUUCUAUGCUAUUUCCCCCCCAUUCCUUUUACUUUCACCCACUAUUUCUAGUGCACUUAGUCCUAUCAUUAUUGGUCCCUGACUCUGCACCCCAUUAUUAUACAGUGAUCCAUGCACCCAUUGCUGGGGUCCCUAGGCACCCCAGGUUUGACAUCUGAGACUUUGGAUUGCAACUCUCAUCAUCCUUUUAGCAUCAGCCUUGGUAUUGGUUCAUUGCACCUUCUUCCCUUCCAGCCACCUGUGACUGAUCUCUCCACCACUCCUGUUCUCAUGGAUGGAAGCCAACCCCGGUGACACCUGACUGCAAGAACCUUACAUUUGGGGAAGGGUGGGGGGAGGGGGGGGACCAUGGAUGGUGUCACCAUGACACAGGAGCGAAGCUUCCACAGCCCUUUCCUGGAGCUGGAGGACUUGACGGAGGCGGAUUUUAUGAGCAAUGUGCAUUUCUCCGAAGCUCUCGAUGAAUUCUCCAAUGACCUAUUUAAUAGUUUCUUUGAUGAUCCUCCCCUCCUGGAUCGAGAUCCCUUACUGGAUAUGGAGGUGGACAGCCCCGCUCCACCCAUACAGGCCGAGCACAGCUACUCACUGAGUGAAGACUCCGCUCCACAAAGUCCUGCCCUUACCAUCAAAGAGGAAGAUGAAGACAGUCCGAGUGAACCUGGCAAUGCAGUCUGGGCCUUGGAGCAUGAACUCUGCUCUUUAUUGGUGAAACAGGAACAAAAUCUCAUUCCACAAGUGGAGCCUGUUCAUCCGAAUGUGUCUCUGGAACAAAGCCCUGGUGCAGGGAUACUACAGAAUGAGGAGAACAUUUCCCUAAAUUCUAUAUCUCAUAUAAAAGUAGAGCCAGGAAUGCCAAACCACUUGCUAAAUGUAACACCAGAUGUUUUAGGGGUCAUGCCACUUACCCCACCCAGUAGUCAUAGCAGUGAUAGUGACGGAUCUCAAAGUCCUCGCUCUCUUCCACCCCCAAGCCCAGCCCGUCCAGCAGCGCGGUCAUCUCACGCUAUCUCCUCAUCUCCACUUCUCACCGCUCCUCAUAAACUCCAAGGCACAUCAGGACCCCUUAUGCUGACAGAAGAGGAAAGACGCACUCUAGUAGCUGAGGGGUAUCCCAUUCCUACCAAACUUCCCCUCACAAAAACAGAAGAGAAAGCCUUGAAGAGAGUGCGUCGGAAGAUUAAGAACAAGAUCUCAGCCCAAGAGAGUCGAAGGAAGAAAAAGGAAUAUGUGGAGUGUCUAGAAAAGAAGGUGGAAACUUUCACGUCGCAGAACAGUGAGCUGUGGAAAAAGGUGGAGACCCUGGAGGACGCCAACAGGUCUCUGCUGCAGCAAUUACAGAAGCUCCAGGCUUUAGUAACAGGAAAAGUGCCAAGACCCUGCAAACUUGCAGCGACCCAGACAGGAACUUGUCUUAUGGUUGUCGUACUGUGUUUUAUUCUUGCCUUUGGUUCCAUGAUUCCAUCCUUCCCAGCAUUCUCUUCGGGGUCUAAGACAGUGAAAUCAUCCCCUCUUUUGGCUCCUGACCUGUAUACCCUCGGCCAGAUCCGCUCCCGAAGUCUCUUGUCCUACGAUGAAGGAGCUGGAGUUUCAGCAGAGGAUCCUGCCGCAGGUUUGGGAGACCACAGAAAAUGGACCUCUGGCGCAGCAUCUUUCAGCAAACAUCUCGAAAACACGGCUCAUGAAAGGGACAAGUACUAUGGACAGACAGACCGGAAGAACCAGACACAUGGAAAGUUCACAAGGCAGGAAGAGGGGGGCAGAUCUUAUGAGCUCUUGUAGGGUUGGCAGUAAAGUGAGAGGGGUCGACAGCUGAGCACUAUACGUGGGUGGAGCAGGAAGCAAGAAAAUAAAUAAAUAAACUGGGAUUUCUGAAAUCAGAGACUAAAACACUACGGUGAUCCCAGUCCGGAAUCACCCCAAACCCCACCCCCCUCUACAAGAUUUAGGCCUGCAGCACCGUGGCAUCACCGUAAUGUGUGCAGAGACUUUGUCAACACGGAGCUGACGCAACUGCCCUUCUCGUGCCCGAGGCGAUAAGUGUGGAGGGGGACGCUGACUGCGGCUUCUUCUAUACACCAGAGGAGUAUUCCAAUGCUCAACCUUCCAUCUUGCACUAUAAGGAGCCCGAUCCUCCUCACUCAUAGAUAAAGACUUUAUGGAAAGCAAGACCACUUCUUACAGAAAAAACAAAACGCCAAUGAUACCGAUUUGUUGCCAGGAAAUGACUUUUAUUCAGCAUCGCGCCCUGCUCUGCCCAUAAGCACACCGGCCUGGACCCCUCUGCUUGUGGCCUCCGAGGUCCCCCUCUGUCCCUGUACAGAACACACACACAUCUUGGGUCUCCGGAGAAGAUAGUUAACGCAAGCUUUGUACGCACAGAUACAGAUUUAUACGCUUCUUCUUUUUCUCAUCUCUGCUCUCUCUGCCUGCUUCAGUCAAAGCAAAAUAAUAAUAAUAAAGAAAAAAAACAAAAAAAAAAAUAAUAGCAUCAGAAAUACGUCUCCGGUGUGA